AUGGUGGACUCGGUGGGUUUCGCCAGAGGCGUGGAGGGCGCAGUUCCUGUGGAGCCGCCGCGCAUGGAGCUGCGCUCGGUGGGUGACAUCGAGCAGGAGCUGGAGCGCUGCAAGGCCUCCAUUAGGCGCUUGGAGCAGGAGGUGAACCAGGAGCGCUUCCGCAUGAUCUACCUGCAGACGCUGCUGGCCAAGGAGAAGAAGAGCUACGAUCGGCAGCGCGGGCUUCCGCCGGCAGCGCAGCCCCUGGACGGCGCCGCCGAGCGAGCGUCCGCCCCGCGCCUGCCGCCCGCGCCCGCCGACGGCGCAGACCCGGCGCCCGUCGAGGAGUCGGAGGCGCGGCCGGACGGAGAGGGGUCACCGAGUAAGGGGCGACCGGCGACUGCCCGCAGGCCAGCGGCUGCUGCGCCGGCGGACCGGGACGACCGAGGACCCCCCACCAGCGUGGCGGCGCUCAGAUCCAACUUCGAGAAGAUCCGCAAGGGACCUGCCCAGCCCGGCUCUGCCGACGCCGAGAAGCCCUUUUACGUGAACGUCGAGUUUCACCACGAGCGCGGCCUGGUGAAGGUCAACGACAAAGAGGUGUCCGACCGAAUCAGUUCUCUGGGCAGCCAGGCCAUGCAAAUGGAGCGCAAGAAGUCCCAGCAGAGCGCCGGGCAGGGCCUGGGGGAAGCACCCAGACCCCAUUACCGUGGGCGCUCCUCGGAGAGCAGCUGCGGCCUCGACGGUGACUAUGAGGAUGCAGAGUUGAAUCCCCGUUUCCUGAAGGACAACCUAAUCAAUGCCAACGGUGGCAACACCCCUUGGCUGCCCCCUGAGCAUCAACCCACCAGAGCAUCUAAUAAUGGGGGUAUGAUGGUGGAAGGGGCAGAGCCUCUCCUGCGAAGCCAGAGCACUUCAGAGCAGGAGAAGCGCCUCACCUGGCCCCGCAGGUCCUACUCGCCUCGGAGUUUUGAAGACAGCGGAGGUGGCUACACUCCGGACUGCAGCUCCAAUGAGAACCUCACCUCCAGCGAGGAGGACUUUUCCUCUGGCCAGUCCAGCCGCGUGUCACCAAGCCCCACCACCUACCGUAUGUUCCGGGACAAGAGUCGCUCACCCUCGCAGAAUUCACAACAGUCCUUUGACAGCAGCAGCCCUCCGACGCCACAGUGCCAGAAGCGGCACCGGCAGUGCCAGGUUGUGGUGUCUGAGGCUACCAUAGUAGGUGUUCGCAAGACCGGGCAGAUCUGGCCCAGUGAUGGGGACAGCACCUUUCAGGGGGAAGCAGAUUCCUCAUUUGGAACACCACCUGGAUAUGGCUGUGCUGCAGACCAGGCUGAGGAACAGCGCCGGCACCAGGACGGGCUGCCCUACAUCGAUGAUUCACCUUCUUCCUCGCCACACCUCAGCAGCAAAGGCAGGGGCAGCCCGGCCUCAGGCGCCCUGGAGCCCACCAAAGCGAGUGAGCUGGAUUUGGAAAAGGGCUUGGAGAUGAGGAAGUGGGUUUUGUCCGGAAUCCUGGCCAGCGAGGAGACGUACCUGAGCCAUCUGGAGGCCCUGCUGCUGCCCAUGAAGCCUCUGAAAGCCGCUGCCACCACGUCUCAGCCUGUACUGACCAGCCAGCAGAUUGAGACCAUUUUCUUCAAAGUGCCUGAGCUCUACGAGAUCCACAAGGAGUUCUACGACGGGCUCUUUCCCCGGGUACAGCAGUGGAGCCACCAGCAGCGUGUGGGUGACCUCUUCCAGAAGCUGGCCAGCCAGCUGGGCGUGUACCGGGCCUUUGUGGAUAACUACGGAGUGGCCAUGGAAACUGCAGAGAAGUGCUGUCAGGCCAACGCUCAGUUUGCAGAAAUCUCUGAGAACCUGAGGGCCAGAAGCAACAAGGACAUCAAAGACUCAACUACCAAGAACUCUUUGGAAACUCUGCUCUACAAACCUGUGGACCGGGUGACGAGGAGCACACUAGUCCUUCACGACUUGCUAAAGCACACUCCAUCCAGCCACCCCGACCAUUCCCUGCUGCAAGACGCCCUCCGCAUCUCUCAGAACUUCCUGUCCAGCAUCAACGAGGAGAUCACGCCCCGCCGGCAGUCCAUGACCGUGAAAAAAGGAGAGCACCGGCAGCUGCUGAAGGACAGCUUCAUGGUGGAGCUGGUGGAGGGGGCCCGCAAGCUGCGUCACAUCUUCCUGUUCACUGACCUGCUCCUCUGCACCAAGCUGAAGAAGCAAAGUGGAGGCAAAACCCAGCAAUAUGACUGUAAAUGGUACAUUCCGCUCACGGACCUCAGCUUCCAGAUGGUGGACGAGUUGGAGGCACUACCCAACAUCCCUCUGGUGCCAGAUGAGGAACUGGAUGCCUUGAAGAUCAAAAUCUCCCAAAUCAAGAGCGACAUCCAACGAGAGAAGAGAGCAAACAAGGGCAGCAAGGUCAUGGAGAGGCUGAGGAAGAAGCUGUCAGAGCAGGAAUCGCUGCUGCUGUUGAUGUCCCCCAGCAUGGCCUUCAGGGUGCACAGUCGCAACGGCAAGAGUUACACAUUCCUUAUUUCCUCUGACUAUGAGCGAGCCGAGUGGAGAGAAAGCAUUCGGGAGCAGCAGAAGAAAUGUUUCAAAAGUUUCUCUCUGACGUCUGUGGAGCUACAGAUGCUGACCAACUCGUGUGUAAAACUUCAGACCGUUCACCACAUUCCACUGACCAUCAACAAAGAAGAUGAUGAGUCUCCCGGACUCUACGGCUUCCUGCACGUCAUCGUACAUUCAGCCACCGGGUUUAAGCAGAGCUCAAAUCUGUACUGCACCCUGGAGGUGGAUUCCUUUGGCUAUUUUGUGAACAAAGCGAAGACUCGAGUCUACAGGGACACCACUGAGCCGAACUGGAAUGAGGAGUUUGAGAUAGAGCUCGAAGGCUCCCAGACCCUGCGGAUACUAUGCUAUGAAAAGUGUUACAACAAAAUGAAGAUGGCGAAGGAGGAUGGCGAGAGCGCUGACAAGCUCAUGGGGAAAGGACAGGUCCAGCUGGACCCCCAAGCCCUCCAGGACAGAGACUGGCAGCGGACUGUCAUCGACAUGAAUGGAAUUGAAGUGAAACUCUCGGUCAAGUUCACAAGCAGGGAGUUCAGCCUGAAGAGAAUGCCCUCCCGCAAACAGACGGGGGUCUUCGGUGUCAAAAUCGCUGUGGUCACAAAGAGAGAGAGGUCCAAGGUACCUUACAUUGUACGCCAGUGUGUGGAGGAGAUUGAGCGCCGGGGCAUGGAGGAAGUAGGCAUCUACCGAGUGUCUGGAGUGGCCACGGACAUUCAGGCCCUGAAGGCAGCCUUUGAUGUCAAUAACAAGGACGUGUCCGUGAUGAUGAGCGAGAUGGACGUGAACGCCAUUGCUGGCACGUUGAAGCUCUACUUCCGAGAGCUGCCCGAGCCCCUCUUCACGGAUGAGUUCUACCCUAACUUCGCAGAAGGCAUUGCUCUUUCAGACCCCGUCGCAAAGGAAAGCUGCAUGCUCAACCUGCUGCUGUCUCUCCCAGAAGCCAACCUCCUGACCUUCCUCUUCCUUCUGGACCACUUGAAAAGGGUAGCUGAAAAGGAGACAGUGAACAAGAUGUCCCUUCACAACCUCGCCACGGUCUUCGGCCCCACGCUGCUUCGGCCCUCGGAGAAGGAGAGCAAGCUUCCCGCUAACCCCAGCCAGCCCAUCACCAUGACUGACAGCUGGUCCCUAGAGGUCAUGUCCCAGGUCCAAGUGUUGCUGUAUUUCCUGCAGCUGGAGGCCAUCCCUGCCCCUGACAGCAAGAGACAGAGCAUCCUGUUUUCUACUGAAGUCUAAAAGCCUGGAGUCAGUCAUCUCAUUAAAGAGGCCUACAGAAUGACCCGGAAACCUGUGACAAGAGAACCCACCCACGGAGUUGGGAAUGAGACCCUUCUUGUGGUGUAACCUAGCCAUUCCGAAGCUCUGGGCCAUCUGCCAAGAGACAAGUACCCAAAGCAAAAGCCAAGGGGGCCUACAUGCACCCAGGUGUGGUCCGCAAGCCCCAGGCUGGCCCCAGACUGUACCUUUCCCUCGCUGCCACCAGGGGGCACCCCAAGCCAGCCCAUCUGCAAGCCCGCGGACAAGGGAAGAGAGGUGGAGAAGAGUGGUUUUUAUGAAUCUUAAUUUAUCAGAGUUUUAAAAAAGAAAAAAAAAUCUCUACUGGA